AUGAAUCAUUCCUCCCAGGACACUGGCUCUGGUGGCAUUUAUGAAGAUGGAAAGCUUUAUGUCGUGGAUUCCAUAAAUGACUUAAACAAACUGAGUCUCUAUCCUGCCGGAUCUCAGCAUCUGUUCCCUCUAGAGGAGAAAAUCCCAGUCCUGGGCACAAACUCUGGAAGUGGAAGCAGAAGUCUAUAUUUUGUGGGGCUGCUAAUUAUGCUGAUUGUUAGCCUGGUCCUGGUUUCCUUUGUGAUAUUUCUAAUAAUUCAAACUGGAAACAAGAUGGACGAUGUGUCAAGAAGACUAACGGCUGAGGGAAAGGACAUAGACGACCUUAAGAAAAUCAACAACAUGAUCGUAAAGCGGCUCAACCAACUGGAUUCUGAACAGAACUGAAGCAGCGAUUUUCCAAGAGCACCUUUACUUGGAGGGUACUGGGUCAAGAAUUGAGACAGUGCAUUUCUUUAGACGGCAGACUAUCUGAUGAGAGAACCCAGUCCUGGGGCCUGCAUCCCUGGAGGCCGUGGUUUGGGACAGCAGCUAGAAAGGGGCCGUGAGCCUCAGCUCCAUUUUCCAGUAGGUGCUUCAACUUAAGGGGGUUCAGGGCAGGUAGGUGGUUAGCAAGGUGAUGAAUCCAUAGAAAAAAGAGAAUCCUCUUACAAAAGGAGCUUUGUCACCAGUCACAUUCACCUGCCAGUGAGGCUGAUGGCACAUCAGGCACCUUUACAAAUCCCGUGAAAGCCUGAGGAAUGUGUUGAAUUUUAUGUGUUGAAGGGAACCAGGUGAUCACUCUUUUCAAUAAAAGCAAUUCUGUCCAGGUGACUAGAUUUGGACUCUGUUUCCCCUGGUACCGGCUUCUUCCUGCCAGUGUUUGCUGGUGGGAAACAUGAGUAGUAGUUAUCCAUGUAUGAUGGGGCCCUGAGGUCACAGGAGAAAGCCUAAUUAAUUAAUUAAAAUGCUUAUUGAACUUCUGCUCUGUGCAAAUUACCCUACUCUAGAGAAGCUUACAUUCAAGGGUGAAACAAAGGAGAUGUAUAGUUUUAUAUAAUUAGAUUA